AAGAAAAAAAACAUUAAAACAUAUUCCACUUUUCUAUAUUCUACUUCUCACUUUUUAACUUGAUUCUGAUCAAAUUUGUAAAAAAAAAUUGUCAAUUAUUUUUCACAUUGCUGUCACUCAUAUUGUAACGUUGUUUUUGUCAAUAAAGUUCAUUUUUGAAAAACCGAGUGCGUAGGUCACGUGGCCACUCCGGAGCAGUGGGGCGUUCAGGGGCGGUCUGGAUCUGACGGCGGCAGGGAAUCGAAACUUAACCCAGAGGUGCGCGUUGAGCCUCGGCGGCUUCCCUCCGCUCUCCCGCUGCUGUCGGCGGCUGCUCGGCUUCUCAGCGCCUCAAACUUUGCCCGCGUCUCCCUCCCAGGAACCCGCACGAGCCGCUUUUAAACUUCGCUUCAAUGAACUUCCUCGCUCGGUCAGGUCGGUGUGUCUCCAGCUGGCCCAGCAGCACUGGCAGCUCCUGUGUGGGCGUGUGAGAGCUGCUGGUUUCCUGCUCUCUACUUCAAUUAGCUGCUUAGCUUCUGUCAAAGUCUGCGUUGUUCCGCUCCUCGGUCAACAGGCAUGGACCCCGCUCGACAGAAGCGCAAGGAGGACAUAAGAGAAGCUCUGAACUUCAUACAGUCUUCGCUGGCUUACCCAGAACCGGAGGGCUACCAGGACUUCUUGACCCGGUUAGUAUGCAACCUGCUCGACGAGGGAAAUGCCUUCUUCCGAGACCGAGAGUGGGAUCGGGCCGUCAAAGAGUUCAGCGAGGGCUUGAAUGUCUGGUGCUACGCCGAAGCGGAGGAGAUCCAGAUCCCCGAAGCUUUGCUGGAGAGCCUGUAUGUGAACAGGGCCGCCGCCUACCACAGCAUGGGCGACUUCGAUCAGGGAGUGCAGGACUGCGACGGCGCUCUGGAGGUGUGCAAGGAGAGCCGCAGGGCCCUGUACAGGAAGGCGCUCUGUCUGAAGGAGCUCGGGAAGCACAAGGACGCCUACAGCUGCACCACCAAGUGUCUGCUCAUCGCUCCUCAGGACAAACAGGUGAACGAACUCGCACAGGAGCUGGCCGUCCACCUGGGACUGAAAAUCCGAAAACCCUACGUCAAAGCAAAGGUGUCUGGUGAGAAUUUAGGAAACGAUACGAACCCUCUGAGUGUCGUUGCACCAGUCAGCUUUCCCAGCAUGCCUCAGCCCUCCUUCCCCUCCACGCCGCCGCCCAGCUGCAGCCAGCCUGACAGGGUGGCAGCUCUGGAGGACUCUGAGCGACUGGGAGACGACCUGGACAGCCUGCUAGACUGCUUCCCUACCGAGCAGGGCCCAGCUGAGACUCGCCUCCAUUCGGAGUUUUCCGUCCACAGCCAGACAUCGACUCUGAAGCGUGCGGUUCUUCGGGACCUGCCCGCCCCGACGCCACAGCUGCCUCCCGCCUUUUUCAGCUCAGCCGUCAGCCAGCUCAACGCCCUGGACUCCUUUUCAGGCAGCGGCCACGGCACCUCAAUCACAACACUGGAUAUCCUGGAUGACCUCUUGACCUCUGGAGGCGGAGCGGAGGCCUCGGCAGCGCAGGAUGCUCUGCUCGGCCUCGACUCCCUUGAUUGCCUCGAUGACUUCUUGGAUAUGACGCCAAGUGCUGUUGCUGCUGAGGAGGUCAGUGAGCCCCAAACAGAGCUGGACGCUGGGGAAAAGUCCCUCGAUGAACUGCUCGACGAACUGGAUCCCCUGCAGACCGUCUGUCAUCAGAACGGUCACGGCGGUGAAAUGAGCAUCAGAGCCAUGGAGCAGCUGGAAUCCCUCGAUGCCCUGGACUCGUUUCCCCCGGUGGAAGGUGUUGGAGUCACCGGCCUGGACUCGCUCUCUGACUUCAGCUCAACUGGUGUCCUCCCUCAUAGCGCUGCAGCUCCAGUGAUGCGAUCUCCAAAAAAACACUACAAAGUGAAGGACAACCCAGGGCCAGCUGCGGUCUCCAACCCGCUCUCCUCCACCCACGAGUUCCUGCAGGCCUGCUCAGCUUGCUUCCCUCGAGAAGGUCAAGGCAUAUAUACUUACGUUCACAAGCCAGACCUGGUCCACAGCUGUAAACGAGACGUCCUGUUGUGCAGACUAAAGGCGGGACGUCCGGCAGAGUGGACCAGAGUGCGACGCAUUCCCAACCGGACAACCUUCAACGGGCGGUUUGUAAUUUGCAGAGAGCUGAUGAAGUCUGGGGAUCUGGGCCUCUGCCCGUACGGAGAGAAAUGCACGUUUGCCUACAACCAGCUGGAGAUCGACGUCUGGACCGAGGAGAGGAAGGGAACGCUGGACAGGGACCUGCUGUUCGAGACGGAUCCUGUGAACGCCAUCGUUCGCCUCCUGCAGGACAACAAAGGCACGUUCAUGUUCCUCUGUCAGGAGUGCUACGACAGCAAACCCAGAAUCAUCAGCGAGCGCUGCAGAGACAAUCGCACCAUCUGCUCUAACUCGGCCGCUCGCCACAACUUUGACGCUAAUAAGUGCUUGGCGUUUGUGGUGAGGACCCACAACGUGAACUACGGAAAGGUGCGCCCGCUGAGCGUCCUGUGCCACUUGGACUUGUGCCGCCAAGCCAUCCGCUACGGCUGCCAGAGAGAGGACAGCUGCCAUUAUGCCCACUCGGUCAUCGAACUCAAAACCUGGAGGGUGCAGCGAGACACAGGUAUGAGCCCUGAUGAGAUUGUGAAGGUGUCCAUGAAGUAUUGUGAAAAGGAGGAGCAGCAAAACCCGAGCAAACAGAAAGGAAACAGACAGCUGUCUUCUGGAGGAGGCUGGAGCAAACCAAAAGGAGCAGCAGGAGGCGCUAGAAGGAGUCUGAACCUGAAGAUGAAGUUCGUCUGCGGUCACUGCUGGCGGGACGGUCAGAUCAGUGAGCCGGACAAAGCCCUCAAGUACUGCACCGCCAAAGCCAGACACGCGUUUACGAAGGAGAGACGAGUCCUGCUGGCCAAGUCCCCAGAAAGAAGUAAAUGGGUUCAGGUCCGACCGCUGCCGCAUGCCAAGAACUUCCCCAUGUACUAUGACAUAUGCACCCAGAUUUUGGAAAAAAAGAAAUGCACCUACCCUGGGAACUGCAUGUUUGCUCACAGCGAGGAGGAGAAGGAGAUGUGGACGUAUAUGAAAAACAACGAGCUGCUGGACAUGCAGCAGAUGUACGACAUGUGGCUGACGUUAACGGGCCAAAACCGCCAAGCAGACGGAGCCACGCUCACCCAGCCCGCCCCGGAGGAAAAGUGCAUCAUCAUGCCGACCGACUACGCUGAACCAACGAGCGGCUUGUACUGCCGUCUGUGCGGCAAAGACAGCAACAGCGAGCGGCAGUGGAAGCAGCACAUUUCCUCCGAGAAGCACAAGGACAGGGUUUUCAGCUGCGAGGGUGAAGACGAGGCUCUGGUGUGGAGCUACCGAUUCCCUGGUACACACUUUGAAAUCUGCUCCAGGCUGGAUGGCGGCUGUCCUGAUGGCGUGAGCUGCGACUACGCCCACAGCCCAGAGGAGCUGCAGGAGUGGACGGAGAGACGAGGCUUCCUGCGACAGAAGCUGGCCAAAGCGAGGGAAGACAUGCUCAUCAUGCCCGAUGAGAUUGACUUUGGGAAAUACAACUUUCUACUUCAGGACUGAGAAUAAUGCAUUUUUUCGGUGUGUCAUUUUUGUAACUACCAAAGCAGCAGCUGAGCGUAUUAAGGACUUUCAAAUUACAGCCGCCAACGUCUUGGGGUGACGUUAUCAGCUCGUCCAACGAUCACUUGAAAUCUGAUGCACAUGUACUUGUUUUGCCAAAAUAACGCCACAUAGUGUUUAACUAAAACAGUCUAAUUUCUUGUGA